AUGUCAAGUUUAAUUACUAAGAAAUUCUUUGCUACAAUUGCUCAUCCAUCUCAUUUCCCAUAUUCAUAUCUUAAAGACUCCCAACUCAAAGCUAUAUUAAACAAACCCCAUAAAUCCAUUACGGCCAAUUACUCCUCAAAAGCUAUUGAAUCUAGAUACCAGGAUAAGUUAUUACAAAUAGCAAAAGAAAAAGGCUUUGAUUCAAUUCAAGAAUUAAAGGAACACUUGAAAGAAGAAUUAGAAGAAAAAAAAAAAGAAUUAAACAAAAUUGACCCAUUAAAAGAAUUAGAGGAAUAUCAAACCAAAAUGAUCGAACAAAACCCAAAACAUUUUGCAAAUAAAAAUAGAGGUCCUAUUGAUGCCAGCAAGCCUCAACAGCCAUUUAAAACUUUGGAUUCUUUUUUAAACGUUGCCAAAAUCAAAGAAUUAAGCCAGCAAGAAAUUGAGUACUUAUGGAGAGCAAGAUGGAGUAACAAGGAGAAUGUUUUAAGUGCUGUAGUCCCUGUGGAUACAUACAAUAGGUUAAUUAAAAAUGCUAAAGAAAAUCCAUCUUUUGUUUUACCAUUACCAAGAACAUUGCCAUUGGAAGACAACAAAAGCGAAAAUGGUAAAGUUGAUAAUGAAAAAAAAGCAGACACUCCAUUUGAAUUGCAUUAUGUUCAAUGGGCAUUCCCUGGGCCAAACACCACACAUUGCAUGCUUACCUCCUUAGCUGAAUAUAAAUUACACAAGGAAUUUUCCAGGCCUCAUACCACUUUGGCAUUCCAUUCUGAGUUAGCACAGGAUAAGAAUAUUGUUUUGAUGAACGGUCAAGUAGAAAAAGAUUCCAAUAUUUCUCUGCAAGAUGCUCAACUUUUGUUGUUAAACAUUCAAAGAUUUUAUGGUGCCAUGGGUGAAUCCACACCUAUAUCUAAAAAGAGAGUUCAGUUGUUAAGGGACUUUACUAAGGGGUCGCCUGAUUUCAAUGUUGAGUUAUUAAUUUCAUUAUCUCAAAGUAUGGAAAACUGA